AUGUCCUCACAGGUGAGACUGAGUCUGCUGCCGAGCUCCAGAUGUUUGUUUGAUGAGCCCGUCCAGGUGAAGGUAGCCGGUCUGAAGUCCAGACAGGUGGUCACUGUGAGAGCCAGAGCCACUGAGGAGAAGGGGGUGGUGUUCAGCUCCUCUGCGACCUUCAGGGCUGAUGGAAACGGAGAGAUUGACUUGAAUGAAGACCCCUCACUCAGUGGCAGCUACGUUGGGGUUGAGCCUAUGGGUCUGUUCUGGUCCAUGAGGCCUGAGACUUUGCACAAAAGGUUCAGGAAAUCAAAUGCACUGAACCCUCAUGUGGUUAAGUUGUCUGUCCAUGAAAAGGCGAAGGACAGGAUGUUGGCAGUGGCAACCAAUGAGAGACUGCUGAUUGGAUACGGGGUCAGCAGGAUCCCUGUCAAAGAGGGGAAUAUUCAUGGAGUCCUGUUUAUUCCUCCAGGAAACGGUCCAUUCCCGGCUGUGUUGGAUCUGUGCUCCUUCAUGUCUGAGAUGAGAGCGAGUCUGCUGGCCAACAAAGGUUUUGUGGUUUUAACAGUGGCCGUUUACAAUGAUAAACCUGCCAACAUCAGAGCGAUCCAUCUGGACUACUUUGAGGAAGCAGCUGAUUUCUUAAGACGACAUCCUAGAGUGGGCAGUAAAGGAGUCGGUGUCCUAGCACGAUCAAAGGGAGCAGAUGUUGCCCUCUCACUUGCUGCGUUUGUUCCAGGCAUCGAGGCUGUAGUGUGGAUCAACGGCUGCAAUGCCAAUGUGGCCCUUCCGCUCUACUAUCAGAAACAUCAGAUCCUCUCUGCAUUAAUGUUUGACCCCAGUAAGAUGAUCCCUACAGAGUCUGGAGCUUUCAUUGGUAAAUAUGCUGUUGAUGAUCCCCAGGCAGAGGAGAACAAGGCCAGCCUGAUCCCUGUUGAAAAAGCAGAGGGACAUUUCCUCUUUGCGUCUUCAGAGGACGACCUGAACUGGGACAGUAAGGCGUACAUGAACAUGAUGGUAGAGAGACUGAAGCAUCAUAGGAAGGACAACUUUGAAUGUGUGUGUUACCCCAGAGCGGGGCAUUAUCUUGAGCCGCCUUAUGGGCCCCACUUCCCGUCUAGUUUUCAUAGGGUUGUGGGUGUACCAGUCCUGUGGGGUGGUGAGCCCAGAUCCCAUGCAGCAGCUGAAGUCCACCUGUGGAAGAAGAUCCAGGAGUUCUUCAAGACUCAUCUGACUUGUGAUGGUCCACUGACUAAAGCCAGAUUAUAG